GGGUGAGGGACAUUUUCGGAUGAGGAGACAUGCGGGAGGAAGCCCGAGGAGGGCGCGGGGACUGACGGAAACAGACGGGGAAGGCGCCUGAGCGACCCCCGACAACCUGGGGGAGAGGGAGGCCCGAGACUGUAAGAGAUGGAGGCAUGAAAAGAAGCUUCGAGAAACUGAGGCGCGAGACAGGAGGGAAGCCGAAAACUAGAGAGACCGAGGGCACCGGGUGGACGGGGGCUGCCGAGAGGCUCAGGGAGAGAUGGAGGGAGAGUAGAAAGGAACCGAGUCAGACCCCAGAGCGCAGCCACGUGGAGGAGGACGAGGGGCUGGUCACCAGGCAGAGACAGACAUGGAAAGGUGGCCGCAGGGGCCAGGAGAAGCAAAAACUGGAGAUGCGAGAAAUGGAGAAAGGAAGUGGAACUGGAAACGCGAGGCUGGAAUUCCUCAUCCGCCUCAUCUACUUACCUGACCUCCGGCUCAGUAAAACAGGACUUUUUUAGAUUUGUGAGAAAAGCCACUUAAAAUACAUAGAUAUAUCCUGGGUAUUAAAGAUUCAGACCAUUGGAGACAAAGUAGUAGAUGGAGAAAUGAAGAGGUGGUUAUAGCGAACUGGGAGGCAGAGAUGGAGAAACAGGAAAGAAGAUUCAGACAGAAAGCAAAGUUGGAGAAACUCAAAUGGAUAUCUGAAGCAGGUUGGGGAAAGAGAGACUUGAUUACAGAGAUAAUCAAACUAAAACAUCGACUCAGAUAAAUGAAUAGAGGUGGUACCAGAUUAGGAAAGGGAAGAGAGAUAGAUGGCAUGAUGAGUAAGGUGAUCUGAAAAAGAGACCAAGGCCUCAAGGUGGACAGAGAGGGAAACACCCACUGAGGGAUGUGAGCCUUGGAGAAUUAAUGGCAACAAUUGAAUCCAGGGCCUGAAACCUGGAAAGAACUUCUGUCCCUCCUAGAGAUCACUGCAGGAGUCAUGAGGUGGCUUGUGUGACAAUAGCUCAACCUGGUCCCUGGCCACCAUCCUUUUUUAAUGUGGUGAUCCUGAACCAGGGAAGAGAAGGAAAAUUAGCUCUUUGAAGAAAAAGUGGUUCCUUAUUGCAGACAUUGGCCUCUUCUGGAGGCAGGGAAUGGAUGAGAAUAUAUGGUCCACAUGAUCAGAACUGAGGUCAAUUUUGUGACCGCGUUGUGAUAAGCAGCAUGCCUCCUCCCAGGACAAGGGAGGAUAGGGAUCACGGAGGCCACCACUGGACUCCCAGUGAGGAAGAGGCCCCAGAGAAAUGGGACUGGAAUUGUCCAGAGACACGUCGCCUCUUGGAGGAUGCCUUCUUUCGGGAUGAGAAUUAUAUCCGUCAGGGUUCCGAGGAGUGCCAGAAGUUCUGGACCUUCUUUGAACGCCUGCAGAGAUUCCAGACUCUCAAGACCUCCAAGAAGGAGGAGAAAAACCCUGGUCAUCCCAAACACCAGAUCCCAGCUCUGGCUGACCUGCCUCGCACUUAUGACCCACGCUACCGCAUCAACCUCUCCAUCCUUAGCCCUGACAUUCGGGGCUCUCGGGGGCCAGGCAGUCGCCUGCCCCCAGAGAGAAUGUCUGAGUUCCGCCGGGCCUUGUUGCACUACCUGGACUUUGGCCAAAAGCAGGCCUUUGGGCGACUGGCCAAACUGCAGCGUGAGCGUGCAGCACUUCCCAUUGCCCAGUAUGGGAACCGCAUCCUGCAAACACUGAAGGAGCACCAGGUGGUGGUGGUGGCUGGAGACACGGGCUGUGGCAAGUCCACUCAGGUACCCCAGUAUUUGCUGGCUGCAGGCUUCAGUCAUGUGGCAUGUACCCAGCCACGGCGAAUUGCCUGCAUCUCACUGGCCAAGCGUGUUGGCUUUGAGAGCCUCAGUCAGUAUGGCUCACAGGUCGGCUACCAGAUCCGCUUUGAAAGCACACGUUCAGCAGCCACCAAAAUCGUGUUCCUGACAGUGGGGCUGCUCCUGAGGCAAAUCCAGCGGGAGCCCAGCCUGCCCCAGUAUGAAGUCCUGAUCGUGGAUGAAGUUCAUGAGCGACACCUCCACAAUGACUUCCUCCUGGGUGUCCUGCGGGGCCUACUGCCCAAGCGGCCUGACCUCAAGGUCAUCCUCAUGUCGGCUACCAUCAACAUCUCACUCUUCUCCAGCUACUUUGGCAAUGCUCCCGUGGUGCAGGUGCCUGGGAGGCUGUUCCCCAUCACGGUUGUCUACCAGCCACAGGAGGCAGAGCCAACGACAUCCAAGUCAGAGAAGCUGGACCCACGGCCUUUCCUGAGGGUUCUGGAGGCCAUUGACAAUAAGUACCCACCCGAGGAGCGGGGGGACCUCCUGGUCUUCCUCAGUGGCAUGGCGGAGAUCAGUGUUGUGCUGGAGGCUGCCCAGACCUAUGCCAGCCACACCCAACGCUGGGUGGUGCUGCCACUGCACAGCGCCCUCUCUGUGGCUGACCAGGACAAGGUAUUUGACGUGGCACCGCCUGGAGUCCGGAAGUGUAUCCUCUCCACCAACAUUGCUGAGACCUCAGUCACCAUCGAUGGGAUCCGCUUCGUAGUAGAUUCUGGGAAGGUGAAGGAGAUGAGCUACGACCCGAAGGCCAAACUGCAGCGGCUGCAGGAGUUCUGGAUCAGCCAGGCCAGCGCAGAGCAGCGGAAGGGCCGGGCUGGUCGCACAGGCCCAGGAGUCUGCUUCCGCCUAUACGCCGAAUCCGACUACGAUGCCUUUGCCCCCUACCCUGUCCCAGAAAUUCGCAGGGUGGCUCUGGAUGCGCUGGUGCUGCAGAUGAAGAGCAUGGAUGUGGGGGAUCCCCGAACCUUCCCCUUCAUUGAGCCCCCACCACCAGCCAGUCUGGAAACCGCCAUUCUCUACCUCCGGGACCAAGGAGCCCUGGACAGCUUGGAGGCCCUCACCCCCAUUGGGUCUCUGCUAGCCCAGCUGCCUGUGGACGUCGUGAUUGGGAAGAUGCUGAUCCUGGGCUCCAUGUUCAACCUGGCGGAACCUGUGCUCACCAUCGCAGCCGCCCUCAGUGUCCAGUCACCCUUCACUCGCAGUGCCCAGAACAGCUUAGAGUGUGCGGCUGCCCGGAGGCCCCUGGAGAGUGACCAGGGUGACCCCUUCACGCUUUUUAAUGUCUUCAAUGCCUGGGUGCAGGUGAAGUCCGAGCGGAGCAGAAACUCGCGCAAGUGGUGCCGCCGCCGGGGGAUAGAGGAGCAUCGGCUGUAUGAGAUGGCCAACCUGCGGCGCCAGUUCAAGGAGCUGCUGGAGGACCAUGGGCUCCUGGUUGAGGUCCAGGCAGUGACCCCAGGCGACAGCUACAGUCGGCUGCAGCAGCGCCGCGAGCGCCGGGCCCUGCACCAGCUGAAGCGGCAGCACGAAGAGGGUGGGGGCCGCAGGCGAAAGGUGCUGCGGCUGCAGGAGGACCCUGCUGACUUCUCCAGUGACGAGGACCACGCUGGCCCAGCCCCCCGAGGGGCCGAUGACAGUGUGGACAUCCAGGAUGUGAAGUUCAAGCUUCGGCACAACCUGGAGCAGCUGCAAGCAGCUGCCAGCUCAGCCCAGGACUUGACCCGUGACCAGCUGGCCCUGCUUAAGCUGGUGCUGGGCCGGGGCCUUUACCCCCAGCUGGCUGUGCCCGAUGCAUUCAACAGUGGCCGCAAGGACUCAGACCAGAUUUUCCACACCCAGGCCAAGCAGGGCACGGUGCUCCACCCCACCUGCGUCUUCACCAACAGCCCUGAGGUGCUGCAUGCACAGGAGCAGGAGGCUGCCGGCGCUGAACGGAGCCAAGAUGACAAGGACAAGAUGAGCAGUAAGCACCAACUGCUCACCUUCGUCUCCCUGCUGGAGACCAAUAAACCAUACCUGGUGAACUGUGUCCGCAUUCCCGCCCUCCAGUCCCUCCUGCUGUUCAGUCGGUCCCUUGACACCAAUGGUGACUGCUCCCGCCUGGUAGCUGAUGGCUGGCUGGAGCUACAGCUUGCGGACAGUGAGAGUGCUGUCCAGCUCCUGGCAGCUUCCGUGCGGCUCCGCGCCCACUGGGAAAGAGCCCUGGACCAGCAGCUAUCUCAACAAGCCCGGCAGCGGUGGCAGCCAGAAGAGGAAGAAGAAAAGAUGACUCCUGUGGUCAGUUGCAAGGAGGUGGCAGCACUAAGCAGGGAGCUGCUGCAGUUCAUGGCGUCCAAGGUUCCCUAUAGCCUCCGGCGGCUCACAGGGCUGGAAGCCCAGAACCUCUAUGUGGGACCCCAGACCAUCACGGCUGCCCCCAGUCUCCCUGGCCUCUUUGGCAACUCCACCCUGUCCCCCCACCCCACUAAGGGGGGCUACACUGUCACUGACUUCCUCACCUACAACUGCCUCACGAGCGACACGGACCUGUACAGCGACUGCCUUCGCGCCUUCUGGACCUGCCCCCACUGUGGCCUGCACAUGCCCCUCACGCCCUUGGAGCGCAUUGCCCACGAGAACACCUGCCCGAAGGCACCGCAGGACCUCGCCCCAGGCCCCGAGGAGGCCACCCCCAAGCCCUUGCAGAAGGCGUCCGCCCUGCAGAGGCCUUACCACUGCCAGGCCUGCCAGAAGGACUUCAUGUUCACGCCCACCGAGCUGCUGCGGCAUCGCAGGCAGCAUGUCUGAGCCGGGCUGGGAACCCUGGCCACCUCCUCACCCAGUGCGGCACCCUGCCUGCAGGCCUGCCUGUCCUCCACCACCGACCAGGCCCGGAACCGUGUGCAGCCCUUGCUUGGGCUCAGAACUGUGGCUGUGUCCCAGCCCGGAGGGAUGUGGAAAUAAAGUCUCAUGCCGACUCUGCCUCCUUGAAAGUGCGCGCAAGUCCCAGGCUACCCCAGCCAACGCCCAUCGCGCUGCCUGCUCUCCCUGGGCUGACCCCAGUGCAGCAAGCCAGCUUAUUGAGGCUCCAUUCAGCCCGUCCUUUAUCUUCCAUGUGUCCGUCUGGACCUCUCCCAACCAAGG